GAGAUGUGAGCGUUACACGUAUCUGAGAUGCCUGUGUCAUCUCCUCGUCGCGCGGCACACAGAGUGCAGCGCAGCGCCACACACUGCUGUAAUGACGGCCAAAGCGAGCUCACCUCUACUCUGAUCCUGGGCUCCAUGUUUGCCGGAUGGUAUGCCGCCAAUAUCGCCUUCAACUUGUACAACAAGCAGGUUCUCAAGGUCUUCGCCUUCCCGAUCACGAUUACGGAGAUGCAGUUCGUAGUGGGCAGCGCCAUCACCCUCCUGAGCUGGGCCACCGGGCUGCUGAAGGCGCCCAAGAUAACGGGCGACACGGUCCGGAGCGUGCUGCCCCUUGCGGUGGUCCACACAUUGGGCAAUCUGCUCACCAACAUGUCGCUUGGGGCAGUGGCCGUGUCGUUCACGCACACCAUCAAGGCCAUGGAGCCGUUUUUUUCUGUCGUACUCUCGGCCAUUUUUCUGGGCGACCAGCCGUCGCCUGCCGUACUACUAACCUUGCUCCCUAUCGUCGGUGGUGUGGCUAUUGCGUCCAUGACCGAGGCUUCUUUCAACUGGUUUGGUUUUCUCUCGGCCAUGGGCUCCAACCUCACCUUCCAGUCGCGGAAUGUUCUCUCCAAGAAGCUGAUGUUGAAGAAGGGAGAUGCAGGAGGGCUGGACAACAUCUCGCUGUUCUGCUGCAUCACACUCGCAUCCGCGGCGCUGCUACUGCCGUUCAGUCUCUUUUUCGAGGGCUGGCGGUUGACUCCAGGGGGGCUGGCGGAAUUGGGUGUCACCGACCCGGUCCAAGUGCUGAUGUGGGUUUUCGCCUCCGGAUUGUGUUUCCACGCCUACCAGCAAGUGUCGUACAUGAUCCUACAGCGAGUGUCCCCCGUAACGCACUCCAUUGGGAACUGCGUGAAGCGGGUGGUGGUGAUCGCGACUUCCGUACUUUUCUUCCGAAACCCCGUGUCGCUGCAAAAUGCCCUGGGUACGGCCAUUGCUCUGGCGGGCGUUUUUGCGUACGGCCGUGUCAAGCGCCAGGCGAGCAAAAAGGCGGCGAAGGCCAAUUGA